AUGCAUGAGCGCUCCCAUUUGCCGACAACCGGGCGGCUUGCAUCAGCACUCGAGCUGCGACGCGCCAUUGAACUCUUUCAAUCUCGCUGGCAGAAACCCCCAACGGACCCAGAUCACCGCGACCUGACGAGAGACUUCCUUAACGCCGCGGACUGGAUUGAGCUAGAACGCUUUCACGAGUUCUUGAAGCCAUUUUACAUCUUGACGAGGACUAUGGAGGGCAACGCCGGCAAGCUGGGUGAGGAAGGCGGCCAUGGUGCCGUGUGGGAGACCCUCAAGACUAUGGACUACUUGUUUAUGAAGUUUAAGCAGGCGGCAGAGAUGACUCGACUCGAAGAGGCGUCUCAUUUCAAACCCGUUUACCGAGCUGCUCUCGCACUGCACCCGUCCUAUGGUUAUGACUAUUUCGAGAGACACAGGAAGAAGGCGAUGAACAAGCCAGACUGGUAUUGCGACAUGCGGUUAGCUGUUGGUAACCUAUUCGAUGAAUACCGACGUCAGGUUGAGGCUGAAGCCCAGGCUGGGUUUCUGGAUGAUGACUCUGAAAAAGCCGAUACUGACAACGAGUACAGCUCGUUUGGCAAAAGAUCGAUGAGCUCAUUAAGCUCGCAGCGAAAGAAGGUCAAGGCAACCCUCUUGAAUGGUGGAAUCAGCAUCGACUGGAAUAUCCGGUCUUGUAUCGAAUGGCGCUGGAUCUGUUCUCUAUUCCAGGCAUGA